UUUACUUGCCUGCGACAGAUGCAAUCCAAAGGGCCUGGCUGAGGAGGUGGGACCCAGAGGAGACCGGAAGCCAUCCUCUUGGCAUCUCCUCGCACUCAGAGAUGCUGACAUCAAGGGACCAAGCCUCAGAGGCUGCUGUGUCACUUUGGAGGCUCUGAGAGAGAGGCAACGUCCAGCUGGGUUGCAGACCUAACCAUUGCCACCCUUCCUCCAACCGUCUUCAAGAUGGAGACCCUCCCGGAGCCGUUGCUGGUGCGGAUCCUGGCCUCCCUGCCGGCGGUCGAACUGGUCUUGGUGUGUCGGCUGGUUUGCUCCCAAUGGAAGGCCCUGAUCGACGGAGCGGCCCUUUGGCUCCUGAAAUGCCAGCAGGAAGAGUUUGCUGGGGAAGAGGCGGAAGAGGAAGGGGCUGAAAGCUGGCAGACGCUUUACUUCCUGAACAAGAGGAAGCGGAACUUAAUCAAGAACCCAAGCGGAGAAGAGGGUCUGGAUCACUGGGUCGAUGUGGAGAACGGAGGCGACGGAUGGAAGAUCGAAGACCUGCCGGGAAACUUUGGGAAGGAGUUCCCCGUCGAAGAAGUCCAGCAUUACUUUGUCUCAUCUUUCGACUGGUGCAGCAAGGCGCAAGUCAUUGACCUCCGGGCCGAAGGCUAUUGGGAAGAGCUGAUGGACACCGUCCAGCCCAAAAUUGUGGUGAAAGACUGGUACGCGGCGCGGUGCGACGCCGGCUGCCUCUACAACAUGAAGGUCAAGCUACUGUCCGAGAACGAGGACGUGGUGGCUGAGUUUGAGAGCGAAACCAUUGCCGUCCUGCAGGACAACGAAGGCGAAUGGAACGAGAUCACCCACACCUUCAGCGACUACGGCCCCGGCGUCCGCUUCGUCCGCUUUGAGCACGGAGGGCAGGACACGGUUUUCUGGCAGGGAUGGUACGGCGCCCGAGUGACCCACAGCAGCGUCACUGUGGCGCCCUAAAAAUGCGCAAUGAACCGAGGCGAGAGGGACUGUUUUUGCAUGGUUGCGCUUGGAGCUCACUAUCUCCCACUAUCUUCCAAAUCUGGACUUAACGGCGAAGACGUAAUUCCCUAGACUUUCCAAAAUGGAAACCCUUGCAGCAGGGUAAAAACAUGAGCUUGUGUAGUAAGUCUGCAGCUUGGAGACUGCGAUGCCCAGAAUUCUGCCCAUUGCAUGUUUAAUGUCUGGCGGGAUGCUGGGCAUCAUAGUCCCAGCUGAAUCAAACCCUGCAGAUCUUCCAAAGAUGUUUGUUUUCCAAACAGUCUGGGCAACCACAGCAACAAGACUGACCACUCAGAUCUCCAACUAUUGCUUUCGUUUUGCUCACCCAUGAUUUUCCUCUGAUGAUUCAAGAUCGCCAAAGAUUACAACCGAUGCUGCCUUCUCUUCCUAUGCACUGACUGCCUUGCAUCUGCUUUCGAUAACUGCCUUGCGUCUGAUCUCUUCAGAGGAGGUUGCCAUUGCCUUGAGGCUGAGAGAGUGAGUCACCCAAUGGGUUUCCAUGGCCGAGCCGGGAUUCGAACCCAGAGUCCCAGCCUCAAACCACUGCGCCACGCUGCCUCUACUGUGACAAUCCCAUUAGAAAGAUGCACUGUCUCUUCUCACACAAAUAAACAUUUAACCGCAAGCAAGAGCUGUCCACUUGUGGUCUG